AUGACAAAUUUACAUACAAUUCAAAUUCCAGACAUUAUUCAACGAUUGUCUCAUAAUAUGUAUUUUGAGGCUAAUGCUAGUUUUUUUUAUGAGACAUUCAUAAAAUUUUGGUCACGUCAUGGACAAGUCGAAGGUUGUCAGUGUCAAGCUAAAGAUACUUGUAUGCUUAACUUUGUGUUUGAUACACACAUGAAAGCACAUCGUUUAGUCUGUGCAUAUACGUCAUCUUGUGAUGAAUCUGUACUAGAAAUGGGCCCUGUGGCUGUCGGCUGCCCUCGUCCUCCACUUCGUUCUACAUCAAGUCUUUUGAAAAAUAUAUCGACUAUUAAUAAAAAUAAAUGCAAGCACUAUUGUGCAGAUCAUUAUAAGUAUGGUUUAGAACCAAAUAUUAUAGAAAACUCAACAACUACUAAAGCCAAUGAACUCGAACGCAACUCUGAUGAGUUCGAAGACACUGAUCAAUGUACCGUUCAUCGCGAUGAAGAUGAUACACAACACAAACGUCGCACUGCAGGAUUUAUGGCUAUUGUAUCUAAUUGUGAUGUCAUUAUUGGAUGGAAUGAAAGUGUUCAUUCUGAAGGUAUGCGCCGUAAUACUUAUCAACUAUUAAGAUUUCUUCAUCUCGGUGGAAUAUUACCACAAGCAGCUGCUUAUGAUUCAGCAUGUACUUUCUUUGCAUAUUUAAAAAACCAAUAUUGUGUAUCUAUCAUGCCAUCACCUUAUGUUGAUGAAUUGUUACAAAAAAAAUAUUGUAUAGAUCGGUUUCAUCGCAGAAACCACACCCGACCUGAAUGUAAAACAGUUUUGUCAUGUUCUCAUCCAGAUAAUCGACCAUUUUUCGAUGGUCAGAACACUCAAGUCUGUGAGCAAUUGUUUGCACAUUUUACAAAACUUAAAGCUGCACUUCGAUCUAUCACAUGGCCUUAUUCCAAUAUUUUGUAUUGUCUUAUAUUUCAUCUACGAAAUUGUUCUGAAACACAAAUCUUUCCAGAUAAUCCUUAUCUAGCUGUUAAAUCGAAUAUUCCACCGCCAACUAGUAGCCUAUUUGAAUGGACUCAUAUAAUGGCCUCACAUAAUUAUCAACUGCAGCAUCAGAAUCAGGGCGAUUGUCGAAGAGAAGAUGAUGAUAUUGAAGAGACAUACAAUGAAUAUGAAUAG